GAUUUAUAGGGCAAUUGUGGUCAACUUUUCCAUUUAGCGUUUUUUCAUACAUUAUCAUUUAAUCCUCACAUGAGGCCUGCAAACUACCUAUUAUCAUUCUCAAUUUACAGUGGAGGGAACUCAAGCCCAGAGUGAAUUUGGGGCCUACACCACUGCUCAGUAGGGGAAUUGUUCUGACCCUGCCUCACUUCCCAGUACUCAAAGUGCCUGUUACUAUAAUUGGCCCUACAGGGAAGGGAAAUGCACAGAUCUGUCACUGCCGUGGAAUCCCCCAAAUUCCCUUCAUCCGGUUCCUGGCACCCAGAGUAGCUGCCCUUUGGGGCGAAGGGCACUGGGGAAAGGGGCCUUAGCAGGUUAAUUAUUAACCCUUUGCUCCUCAGGGCACCGCGGGCUUCUCUUCCCUCCUGGAGGUGGACGGACACAGACAGGCUAGGGGUUAGUGAGGGGGCGGCGGUCCCAGCGGCAGCCAUGGGGGUGGCGGUGCGGCCCCAGGCCCCGCGGCACUGGUUCCGCCUCUCAAUUCCUCCCGUCAUCUUCGCGCUGCUGCUGCUUUAUCUCAGUGCUCGGAGCCUAGGCGUCCGCUCGGGCUGCGGACUCGGGGCACAGGCCUGCGUUCCAGAGGGAACAGCGCCCUUCCAGGUCCGGCAGGAGUCGGGACCCCCGGAGGCCCCGGAGAGGAAAGAGCCUCCGUGUCUGGGCCCUCAGGGGAUGCUGGGCCGCAUGAUGAGGCCGUUCCGCGCCAGUCUGAACCCCGAAGGGGAUGUGGGGCUGUCGCCGUACCUGGCGGGAUGGAGGGCACUCGUCGAGUUCCUGACUCCCCUUGGCUCUGUCUUCGCCUUCGCCUCUAGGGAGGCCUUCACCAAGGUGACGGCCCUGGAGGCUCGGGUGCACGGCCGGGACGCGGAGCACUACUUGUCGCUGGUGGCCAUGGCGGCGUGGGAGCUACGGACGGGACUGUUGGAGCAGCCCGGAGCGGUCCCCCGGGACCCGGCCCGGAGCUCCGGCUCUCGCACACUGCUCCUGCUGCACCGCGCGCUGCGCUGGUCCCAGCUCUGCCUCCACCGGGUGGCGACCGGCGUGCUGGGAGGCCCGGACGCCGGUGCGCAGUGCAGCGACGCCUACAGCGCGGCCCUGGGCCCGCACCACCCCUGGCUGGUCCGUCAAGCCGCCCACCUCGCCUUCCUCGCCUUCCCGGGUCGCCGCCGCCUGCUGGAGCUGGCUUGUCCGGGAACCACCGAGGCGGAGGCUCGCGCCGCGCUGGCCCGGGCCGCGGGCACCCUGGAGGAUGUCUACAACCGCACCCAGGGCCUGCUGGCCGAGCGCAGCCUGCUCCAGCUGGCCUAGGGCGGUGGCUGCGGGCACCGGCGGGCACGGACCGGACCGCCCGGGGUGGGGCCACGCAGCCCGGGAUCUGCCCCAAAUCCCGCCUCUUCCGUGACGUCGCUGCGGUAAGGGCCGUUCCGGCAGGGAAGGGGACUGAGCUCCCUCUAUGCGCAGUCUCGGGAAUAUGGGAAGAGCUGUGAGGAAUAAAAAGCAUGAUUUGGCAGCGUCGGGGUAAGGCGUUUUGUGUGAUGACGAUUGGCGCUCGAGGGAAAUAGAAAACGAACGUCAGAAGAUGUGUCAUCCCGGUUCCCGGCAGCGGAGAGACCUCACCCUCCCCCGGCCUAUUGCAACCACUCUCGGGGCCCUGGUUGCCAACCACACGUUGAGUCUCCAGCCCAGACUUGUCCCUGAGCGUCAGCCCUCUGCAAUAUACAGCAAGCAUCCUGCACACUUCACAGACGCUGCAAAUGCAACACGAGACCCACCACCAUCCCCCCAAGAACUGCGCCUCCUCCUGUGCUCCCUGUCUUUGUGAAUAAAUGGCAUCCUCGCCCUUCAGCCACCCAA